AUGGGUAUGGAACCUAUUCGACUUAAAAAAGAAGUCGAUGUUUUUGUUCGUAAUCGCCUUCAAUAUGCUAUUUUUUUUCUAUCAGCACUUCAACUUUUUCAAGAUGGAAUUGUUGAACUUGAAGAUGUCGAUCUAAGAAAAGAAACUGAUUGUUUUUGCUUCCUAAAUACCGAUUUUGAUCGAUAUGAUUCAACAUUACAACGUGCUUUAACUGAUAUGAAUAUUCCGUCAGAUUGGACACAAGAAACAGUUGAAAAUUUUGUUAACUAUUUUCGUUCCAAAUAUGCAAUUGAUGAAAAUGGAAGUGGUUUAAAUGAUAAAAAAUUAUG